UCUGGACUUGCCCUGGCAGAGCAGGAGCUAGGGGUAGAAACCCUGACCCCAUCCUCACACCUGGGGAGUUAAAUAGAGCACACGGAAAGCCUGCUGCCGGGAGUGAAAGUCAAGGAGGGAGAGGAAAGGAAGAGGCAGUAACUGGGCAGUGCCUGGGGAGUCGGGUGGAAGUGGCUGUGGGCAGAACCCCUCCAGGACCUGGCAGGCAAGAUACAAGGUCAUUCCUCCUCCCUUUGGGACUGUGUGCCAGGCUGGCUGGUGGAUGUGAAGACACGCCGCCGGAGAAGACAACAAUGCUGCCUACAACUGCUGGCCACAGGUGGAGGAGCAGGUUCCUCAUGAGGUGGCAAGAGGCUUGUUUGCUUGGCUGCUGGCUGUCAUUGUGUGCUGCCGAGUCCUUCUUUGCUUGUCCUUCCUCCUGCAAGUGUAACAGUGGCAACCUGGAAGUGGACUGUAGUGGCUUGGGCCUCUCCUCCAUCCCCUCAGACAUCCCCACAAACACCAGGACCUUCCUCUUUCUCAACAACAAACUCAGCAUCCUGCCAGGAGCAGUGUUUUCCAACCUCUCUGCUCUACAGAGGCUGGAUCUAUCCAACAACUUCUUGGACCAGCUCCCUCAGAACAUCUUCAGUGACCUGGGGAACCUCACGGAGCUUCAGCUGAGGAACAACAGCAUCCGGGCCUUAGACAAGGACCUGCUACAACACACGGCCCUGCUGCGCCAGCUGGACCUCUCCAUCAACGGCCUAGCCCAGAUACCCUCGGGCAUCUUUGACGACCUGCCUGCUCUCCGCUCCCUCUCUCUCAGGUCCAAUCGCCUGCAGAGCCUGGACAGGGUGACCUUCGAACCGCUAACCAGCCUGCAGCAACUCCAAGUUGGGGAUAACCCCUGGGAAUGUGACUGCAACCUCCGAGACUUCAAGCACUGGAUGGAGUGGUUCUCCUACCGAGGUGGGAAAAUUGACCAGCUGGCGUGUACCCUGCCCAAAGAGCUGAAAGGGAAGGAUAUGAGAAUGGUGCCCAUGGAGAUGUUUAACUACUGCUCCCAGUUGGAUGAUGAAAACAGCUCUACAGUGCUGGACAAUACUGGCCCACCCUGCACUAAAGGAAGCCCAACUCCUUCCAAAUCUAAAUCGGGCCCAGAAACAGAAGUGGAGCCCAGUGUGGGAUGCCCUCAGAAACAGCGUUAUAGGCCUGUGAGCGUGCGCCGGGCUAUAGGCACUGUGAUCAUUGCAGGGGUGGUUUGCGGCAUUGUGUGCAUCAUGAUGGUGGUGGCAGCUGCUUAUGGUUGCAUCUAUGCCUCCCUUAUGGCCAAAUACCACCGGGAGCUGAAGAAGAGGCAGCCACUCAUGGGUGACACAGAAGGUGAACAUGAAGAGCAGAAACAAAUCUCUUCUGUGGCAUGAAACUCUACUAGGAAGGAAGGGACAGCAACGAACAAAGCAGAAAGUCUGGAUUCAUCUCAACCCUAGAAAAUGAAAUGCUAUAUUUAGAAACCCACCCAGGAAAGGAGAAGACAGGAUAGGGAAGAGAAGAGGGCU